AGGUGGCGAGGUUCGUCAACUGUGGCUGGAACACGACACUUGUUGUGGUCCCUCGCCACUCGCUCUGUGUACACUCUACACUCUCCUUAUAACUCGAUAAUGUUUUGAAUUAAUAAUUUUAUCCAAUGCGCAAGGUUGAUUUAGCCGUGUUUUUUACUGCAGGGCGUCAGGAAACGUCAUAUUAAUGUAUAUGGCAUUAUAUUCAUCUGUUCAUUUGGAGUAAAUGACUUUCAGUGUUGUUCAUAUGAUCAAGGCAGCCAUGGAGCAGCAGCACAAAGAAAAACGGAGAGGAAGUAAUAUGUGUCUUGUGUGUGGUCGGCAGGGAGGUAACAAUAUUGUUGUUACCAGUGUCCAUAGCUUUGUGUCUGCAUCAGGAACUCCUCUGGCUGACUUUCUUGUUAAGGUUGUGGGUGAAGACCCAUGCUACUCAGUCAGUGAGGUCAUUUGCCAGCAGUGCUUUGUCCUUCUUGACCGCCUAGAUGCAUAUCAAGCUCGUGCUGCGGAAAUCCAUACACAUGUCACUUCCAGAUAUCGGGACACUAAGCUGGAGUUGUUGGGGCAACGGCAGAGAAUGAGUGAGCUAAUAGCAUCUUCUCUGUCCAAUGUACAGGAGCUUCGACAUGGAACUACCCUAAAUGUGAGUGAUGAACUGACUAUCACAGUUGUUCAUGAAGCGUUACCAAGAAAAAGACGAAAAUUCUACAGAUUAGAAAAUGGUCCAACAACCAAAUUGGCAGCUAAUAUUUAUGGUGCAAAUAGUAUAUACAGUACAAGAAAUGAUGCUACGAACCAAUUUAUUUCUAAAAAAUUAAAAAGAAAGAGAGUGCCUGAACUUAGUAGUGAUAUGUAUUUUUCAACAGACAAGAAAAAAAAGUUAUUAGAAAGUGGCAAUGUGUCUGUAAGUAACAAUAACAAUAUUACAUAUGCAAAUUGUGUCAAAAGUUGGGUGACGUCUGAAGGGACUGCUCAGUGCGGAGUAGAACGGCCAGCAAAGAAAAAAUCUCUACACUUGUCGGCAGAUGUGAGAAACAGUGGUACUGAGGAUGAGCUCAGUGAUGACACUAACCAUGGCAACCCUGGGCUAAAGAUAGCAGAUGAGGAUGAGGGAGAAGAUGGGGAUGAAGAUGACGACGACGAGGAUGAGGACGAUGAUGAUGGUGAAGAUGAUGAUGAUCAGGAGGAGGAGUUAGAAAAUGGGGAGGAACACUCAGAGGUUGCGGAAAACAAUGAAGAGGAGGGGGAAAAGGAGGAAGAGGAAGAGUCGAGUAACGACGAUACAAGUAGCGAGAGUGACGAGGAUGACGGCUCGGCCUCGGAGCAAGAUGAAGAUGCCAAGAGUGAAGCACAGUCAUGGUCAGGUAUGGAACAAGAGCAAGAAAAUGACAAUGAUGACAAUGAAGAUGAGGAAGAUGAGGGAGAGGAGAUUGCAUCAGCAGAUGAAAAAUGUGAUCGUCCUCCUCAAAGGCCAGAGUCAUCAUUGAGCAAAACCUCUAAAGCAGAGGCUGUACUAGAAAACUCCAAAUCUAAGAUAACGCCACAACAGCAGUUGCAGGCUCCGAGCAAGCUCACUCCCAAGGCCGAGUCAAAUGGACAAAUCCCACUCCAAGCUGGUGGAGAAUGUGUGUCACCUCAAGUAGCUGAGGCGAUGCUGAUGCAGAGCCCCCUGGCUACCUCCCUGCUUCAGUCCUUCCUCGCUACUUCACUUUGGUUUGGCUCACCUGAAACAUCAAAGAAGAAAAAAACAGGUGUUCAAUCUAAGCCAAAACACACACACCAGGUUCCUGAUGAUGUGACGAGUGAAACGCUUGCAGUGACUGCGGGCUCAACAAAAGAUAAAAAGAAGCGUCAGGAGUUGAAAAAUACUGGCCAGAGCUACAUAAAUACUAAAGGAAAACUUGUUGAUGCCAAACGAGUGUGGCCACAAGACUGCAGCAGGUGUCCCCUUAAAUGCAAUGCCCGCAUCAGUGAAGAUGACCGUCAAAAGAUCUUUGCUGAAUAUUGGGGCUUGGCCGACUACAACCUUCAGAGGGAGUACUUAGCAGCACACAUGCAGCGUGAGGAGAAACUGGGGCCCAGUGGCCUACUCCGCACUGUCAUUCUGUAUUUCCUUACAUGUGGUAACACCAGCAAGCUGCAGGUAUGCCGCCAAUUUUUCCUCAAGACCUUAGAUGUGUCUGAAAAAGCAUCAAGAAUUGUCUUAGAAAAGAUGGUACGUGGAGAGUUAGGAAGCGAGGGGGGUGCCGUCUCUCCACCACCAGGUAAUGCUCGGCCUCACUCUUCACAAGAAGACCAACUCUCCAGUAAACAUGAAGAUGAAGCAAAUAUGAGCAAUGAAGAUGAUGAAAUAAAGAGCGAGGGCUCAUCGUGAACUUUAAUUGUAGCUUGUUUUGUUACUGUAUCUGGGGUAUUUUUAUUUUUGUCACAUUAGUUACUUGAUAGCGUGCUGUCUAUACCUAGCCUGAGCCUAUUAUAGGGGGACUUCAUAAUAGACAAUUUAUAUGAACUUAACUGUAUUAGAAUCUAGUAUUCAUAAUCAUGGUGAAGGGGAAAAAAAAUUGUACCGAAAGUAUGUUGAUGUCUGACUUGAUGGUUUGGUUUUCUUUCGGGCGGCUUUCAGUUUUUUAACUUGAGUACCCAGCUGGAGGCCAAGCUGGAGGCCAAGCUGGAGGCCAAGCUGGAGGCCAAGCUGGAGGCCAAGCUGGAGGCCAGGCUUUACUAGUAACUACAUGGUCAGCCAGGAUAUUUGCAUACAAGGCAAUAUUAUACAAAUUUUUGUAUGUUUAGAGUGUAAAAUGGGGAAAAAAAAGGUUUGGAGCCUGAGGGUAGUGUGCCUAGUUAAAUGUGGGAACUUGUAUCAGUAAUUGACAUGCCAAAGUCUGCAUUCCUCAAAUUCAAGAAGAAAUAUAUGUAUUAGUUUUUCCUUAUUUUAUAGGGAAUUAUUUCAGGCUAAAUAAAUAAGGAUUGACUUCAAGGUUGAAGGCGUACAGGUAUUUUUGUAUGUACUGUAUGUAUGCACAUAUAAAAACACAUUCAUGCAUGCUUACUCAUAUUUAUGCAUGUAUGCUCACCAAAUUGUACAUACACACACACAUCCACUGAAAAUUUUUGUUUAAUUUUUUAUGAUAAAACAAAGAUGGAAGACAUUGAACAUAGCGCUAUACUCCUGUAACCAUAAAUACUACACAACUUCAAAGUGGCAGCCACACUGACUCAGAUACCCACACCUACUUAAAGCAACUAAAUGUUACUUUUUUUUAUUCUUUUUUCUUUUUUAGUAAAGGUAUUAACUAGAGAAGACAUGAUCAGGCUAUGCAAGAUAUUAAGAAGUUGAGAAAAGAUAUGCACAGCCUGUCUCAAAGGGACAGUUUCUCAUUGCCAUACAAAAGAAAUUUAGACAAGCCAUUUCUCAGUGCAACUCAAAACAGUUGACUAACUCCUAGGUACUUGCGUACUUUUGGGUAAACAAAGGAAUCGGGUUUAGAGAAACGUGCACAAAUAUCUCCCUCUACCUGGGUAUGAAACAAGUGGAACAAACAAGAAGACAGAAGUGCUAAAGGCUAAUAUUCAUCCAUAAGUUUAAAAGUAAUAUGAUAAAAAAUUAGAAGGCCAUGUGUAGUUGCACCAGACUAUUGAUAGCCAAGUGAUGGUGUCCACAAGCUGAAUGUAUUCACACACAUACUGUAGUUGCUGUAAUAAUUAAUGUGUAUACACACACAUGUACUGUACUUAAAAGCACACACACAUAUGCGUGCAUUAUACGACAAAGUGUACUGGGACACCACGAGUGUAGUUCUCAUCCUGCAACUACACUUAGGUAAUUACACACACAUACACAGGCACACACACACACACACAUACACAUACAGGCAUGCGUGCUGACAGAUACUUUAAUAUACAGUACUUGCUUAUAUUCACACACAUGCAUAUAUAUAUUUAUAUAUAUUUAAAUAUUUAUAAAUUUUUUGUAUUUAUUGUUAAGCUCUACCGUUUUACAUAAAACUUAAGAUGUAAUGGCAAAUUUAAUACUGCAAGAAAUAGCAAUUAUUAUUCAGUCAAUUUUAUGCCAUAUGGUUGUGAUAUCUGAUACUUGGGCAGAAAGUCAAGAUUUAUUUACUAGUUCAUCAGAACCAUGUAUUACUGUAUUUAAGAGUGUGGCACUUUACAAUUUUAAAAUAUAUUCACCACAAAUCCCAAUAUACAUUUUUCUCACACAA